AUGGUCGGCCGUCGUCAUCACCACACUACCACCACCACAACCACCCGCCGCCGCGGUCUCUUCAGCAGCCGCCGCCAGCCCGUCGUGGUCCACCACCAGAAGCGCCACGCCACCCUCGGCGACAAGAUCAGCGGCGCCUUCCUGAAGCUCAAGGGCUCCUUGACUGGCCGCCCAGGCGAGAAGGCUGCCGGUACGCGCCGCAUGAGAGGCACUGACGGCCGCGGUUCUCACCGCCGCCGCCGCUUCUUCUAA